AUGACUACUGCGGUCCAGCAACAUGUGGAAGAAAGUUUCGACAUCCAUGAGGAUUUGAGGACGGAAGACACGGAGAUGAUGGCAGAAGAGGAGCGCACUGAAGAGGCUGCGCCAAUGGAUGAUGAUGAGCGCGCUCAAUAUGAGGCGCUCCAGCAACAUCACCGCAUACAGCAAAUGCAUCCUCAUCAACAACACCAGACAUCCCAUCACCAACAACAACAAAACGAGCCCCAAGAAGAGGAAGAGGAGGAACCAGAAGAGGAGGAAUCCGAGGAAGAGGCUGUUGACCGCAGUGUUCAAGCAGAUAUGGACAAGCUGCAAAGCGACUUCCCCGGCUUUCGCAAUCGGUAUCGUUUGAUCAAACGUAUCGGUGAAGGAACAUUUUCGACUGUAUACAAAGCGGAGGAUAUAAUGUACGACCACUACGACAAUAGUUGGGACUAUGAAGACGACUCGUCAAAGUGGACGCCACCCCCAGGUUCAGCUGAAAGCCCUGUCCGCCGUCCUCGUCGCAAGGCACGAUACGUUGCCAUCAAGAAGAUUUAUGUAACUUCAAGUCCCUCGCGCAUUCUGAACGAGCUUGAACUCCUUCACGACCUUCGCCAGUGCCCUUCUGUUUGCCCUCUCAUCACCGCCUUUCGAGAAACAGACCAAGUUGUAGCCAUCUUGCCAUACUUCCGACAUGGAGACUUCCGAACAUACUUUCGCGACCUAACUAUCCCCGAAAUCUCUAUCUACUUGCGAGAACUCUUCACCGCUCUCAAGAGUGUUCACGACCACAAAAUACUUCACCGCGAUAUCAAGCCUACCAACUUCCUUUACGACCCCAGUACACAGCGUGGAGUUCUUGUUGACUUUGGUCUUGCUGAAAGAGAAGGCUCUGACGCUAAACCUUGCCUCUGCCACGAGAGCCGAGAUGUCCGCAAGAGUCGUCAAGCAAACUCAGUAUGGGCUCAGAAUGCUGCCACUCCUCAAGCAGGUUAUCCCAAGUCAGACACACGUUCGUCCCGUCGAGCCAAUCGUGCAGGUACCCGCGGAUUCCGUGCCCCUGAAGUCCUUUUCAAGUGCACGGAGCAAUCGACAGCAAUCGACAUCUGGUCCGCAGGUGUUAUCCUCCUCACAAUUUUGUCGAAAAGAUUCCCUUUCUUCAAUUCAGCAGAUGACGUUGAAGCCAUGAUUGAGAUUGCAACCAUCUUUGGCUCCAAACGCAUGAAGGCUGCCGGUUUGUUACAUGGAUGUGUCUUCGAGACCAGCAUUCCUACUGUCGGCCAGGGAGGCUUCUCAAUGGAGAAGAUCAUCAUGUGGAGCACAUGCCGAGGCGAGGACAAGCCUUUGACAUCAGACGAAAAGAUGGCUAUUACCUUCCUCGAAUGGUGCAUGGAGCUGGAUCCUAGCAGAAGAAUCACUGCUGCCCAAGCACUUGAGCAUGACUUUCUUCAAAUUGGAGAGCUAGAGGCUGAACAAAGAGCAUACAACGAAGAGGCAUUGGCCGCGGAAUACUGA